UAUGUUCUCCUUGCAUGACACGGUAACAAAAUACCUUGUAGUCACCCCGUCCAUGCCAUCAACUGUUUAAUUGCCGUCAUCAUUUACAAGGUGUUAGUUGAAACGCUUGAAUCUCUUUAUGAAUCUUCUCAAAUCCAUAAAGGGUAGAUGACGAGAGAGCACCUUUUCGUGGGAGUAGUUAUUGUUAAGAUCUUAGGGAGGAAAUGUUGUAGGAAUGGUCAUUGGUAAGAUGUCAUAUCUGAUAAACAAUUCUGAUGAUGCAAGUGUUUAGAUAAGUCUGGGAGGCAAUACGUGUUGGACGAAUGAGAAGCAGAGCUGUGAUUUUCUGCCUAUUAUUUCCUUGCUUCUGCUCCUUAUUCUUGUUAUUUAUUAUGUGUCAAUAUUUUUCAGGGAGUUGCUAGUCUCUAUUAAAUUUGCUAAACCUGGAUGGCAAUGGUCCGGUUGCUUCUUGCCAGAACAUCUAGGUGAUAUUCAGGUGAAAAUGCGAAAUUUUCUCUCUGGUGCCGUGAACAUGAUACGUGUGGAAGUUUAGACUGCUGAUGUCUCUAUUAGAGAUGAUAAAAUUGUUGGGAGCCCUCAUGGUCAGUCGGGGACAAACUUGAUUCUUGUGUCUUAAGAUGAUACUGGCUUUAUGCCAUACCGUAUUGACAAUUUCUCCCAGGAGAGGCUACGUGUUUACCAACAAAGGUGCGAAACUUUUGAAACUAUGGUCCAUUCCUACACUUCUUGCCCUUAUGCAUGGGAUGAACCCUGCUAUCCUCAUCGUCUCACUAUUGAGAUUUUGCAGGUUUUGGGUGAACGUGUUAUAGGAUCAUAUGCUCUGGAUGACGUGAAAGACUAUGCACCUGUAUACCUAUCUGUGACUCCCAAGAAACCUCAAAGAACUCUUAUUGUUUCUGUCCAUUCUGAAGGAGCAGUCAAGAUUCUGAGCAUCAUUGAUUCCAAUUGCCAUGUAUUGAGUGGUAUGAAGAGUCCACACAUCUCUCAGUCCAAAGAUAGAAAUAAACAUGUAUUGAAGUAUGAAAAUUCUUCUGACUGCAAAGAGAGAAUAUUGGUGGACAUUCCCUAUGUUGGCAUCUCUCUAAUAAGCUCUAUGCCAGAGGAACUGAUUUUCGCUUGUGCAAGAGACAUUACAGUUGAUUUCACGCAGAGUGUAGAUCAACAGAGAUUCUCUUUUCAAAUCACCUCUUUGCAAAUUGAUAACCAGUUAGCAUGUACACCUUACCCUGUUAUCUUAUCAUUUGACGUUAGUAAGACGAUUACUCGUGGAGUAAGGACAGAUCCGGAGAGCUCAUGGGAACCGGUACUUUCAUUGGUGGUGACGAAGUGGAAUAAUAGAUAUCUGUCACUAGUCUCCUUCGAGUACAUAAGUCUAAGAGUAGCAGAUUUUCAUCUUGAACUUGAUCAGUAUGUGAUCUUGAGUUUGUUUGAUUUCAUUAAAACUUUAUCGUCAAGGUUGCAGAGCAGAGCGUUACAGCACUCUAAUUCAACGGACCAUCUCUUUUUGAUGGUGUUUUUACUAUGAACAUCUCUAACUCCAUAGAUCAGGCACCAAAGAAAUCAAAUGUAAAUGAAUGCUACUCAGUUAAGAUUCCUGUGUUUCAUGGAAGCAGUGAUAGGACCUCUCUGCUACCUAUAAUAGUUCUGAUUGGAGCCCCAUGGCAACAGAUUCACCUUCUUGCCAAAAGGCAGAAGAAGAUUUAUGUUGAGUUGUUUGAUGUGGCUCCGCUGAAGUUGACUUUAAGUUUCUCCAGCAGUCCCUGGUUGCUUCGAAAUGGAGUGCUUACAUCUGGAGAAUCUCUUAUACAUAGGGGUCUUAUGGCACUUGCUGAUAUCGAGGGAGCACAAAUUCACCUUAAACAAGUAAUCCUUUCACAUCAGCUUGCUAGCUGGGAAUCUGUUCAAGAGAUACUUAUCGAGCAUUACACACAACAAUUUCUUCAUGAGAUGUAC